CUCCCGAAGUAUGUGCGACUCGUCCACACGACACGGCCGGUACUACUGAGUCAGCAACCUCUAUCUUCGAUAUCCGCACAAAUGAGUCCGUAGCAGAGUUCAUGGAUGCCCGUAGUAGGCUCUGUUGGUAUCCACAGCGUCGUUCGGAACCAUCGAAGGCGUCAGAGGCGAACAAAGGAGGCAAUUUGUGAAAAUCUGCUAACAAUGGCCCUCCAGCUUCUCAACAAUAUUCUCUCGUCUAUAGACCCGUCUGCAUCCCCAGCAGCAUCGGCUCCUCUGAAAUCGCCAAACACAACCGCAUCCAGGCCCCCUCCGCGUCCUUCUGGCCCCGCCAAUGGAACUUCACAGCCGCAGACUUUGAAACGCAAGGCAGAAGGACAGGCCAGUGCCGUUCCAGCGAAAGUGAUCCGAAAUGAUGGUACGCCGUCAAUUCCACGACCGAAUAGCGCCAACUCUGUUCGUCCCACUCCGAUUUCAGAUACGGCAAAACCGAAGACUCCAGUGUCAACAACAUCCGUUCCGUACCGCGGUCCGGCGGGUAAUGGAGCGUCUGCCGCUGCCCGAACACCUGUGACAGCAAUAAAGAAGCCUGGUACAAGUGCGUCAGACACAGCUUCCAAGCAAUCAACUGGCCCCACCAAGACCGGCUCAGUUACGUCUCCGACUUCGACUGCACCGUCUUCUGCAAAGAAGACCUCGGGUUACCUCGCUCUUCUUGAGCGGGCAAAGGAAGCACAAAAGUCCAAACCGGUUACGCCCCUUAUCAAGCACGAACCGACAAAAAUCUUGUCCAAGAAAGAGCGUCUUGCGCUUCGUGCGCAAGCUUUGGGAAAGAAACCACCUGCUGGGGUGUUGGGGAGUCAAGUCCGACCUGGAUCCACGAAAACAGAAGCUAAAGAUGUUCGGAAAUCGACGGAGAUUGCUUACCAAGGAACAGCACGUCCUACCAAGAAACCCGCUGAGGUUUUGACGUACCAAGGGACUGCUCGGCCAUCAAGUGUGGGUCCGUCGUCUAAGGCAGGGCUGCCUUCCGGCAAGGCCAAACCAAAGCAAUCCCAGGGCCGUUACGGCGGAUAUGCGAGUUGGUCGGAUGAGGAGGAGGAAGAGGACAUCGAAGAGGAUGGCUAUUCGGAUGAGUCCGACAUGGAAGGCGGAAUCUGGGACGUUGAGCAAGAAGAGCAAAUGGCUCUCAAAGCGGCCAAGAAGGAAGAUGCCGAAGCUCUUGCUGAAGAGAUGAGGAUGAAGCGUGAGAAAGAAGAGCGGAAGCGGAAGCUCAUGGCCAUGAGUAGGGCUGCAGCUGCCAGACGGAAGUAUUAGAGAGUCUGCAUAUAUGGUUCCAGCAUGAGGAGUUUGAGUUCUUUGGGCGGUUAUAUGUCCUUCAUUCAACUGCAUACGGGUGGGUGGCAGGUUAUGCAUCUGGCACUUGGGUAGCGAGGCGUCAAUAGAGGGUUUCUUUUUUUCUGGUCUUGCAGGAGAAAUAUCCAUUAGAGGCGAAGAGACUACCAUUACUAUCAUUUGGCCGCUGCGCCUGGUAUUAUCUUAAUCGAUAUAUGGUAAUUGAUUUAUUUUCA